AUGGCGGGCGUCUUCUGGGGUGGCGGGAGGGCGGACGAGGUGGCCGACUUCGACGAGUACGACCCCACCCCCUACGGCGGCGGCUACGACAUCGCCCUCACCUUCGCGGCGGCGGUGGUGCCGGCGGGUACGCGAGGCGGCUCAGCUCAUGAGGAGGAGACCCACGGCUCUGUGGGUUCUGGGUACGGAUAUGGGAGGAAGGGACACGAGGACGACGACGACGACGAGCAGAAGGCGUACCGGAAGCCGAAGCCGGUGUACGGGGACGACGGCGAGCACCAGGCCUACCGGAAGCCGAAGCCAGCGUACGGGGACGACGACGAGCACCAGGCGUACCGGAAGCCGAAGCCGGCGGCGUACGACGGGGACGAGAGGCCCAGCUACGGCCGCAAGAAGAACGGCGACGACGACGACUCCGAUGACGACGACAAGAGGAAGCCGCGUUACAAGAAGUACGACGACGAUGACUCCGACGACGACGACAAGAAGAAGCGUUACGAGAAGAACAACCGUCGCCGCCACGAUUACGAUGAUUAAGCCAUGCGAUAAUCUCAGACUGAUGUGUAUCAUCUAAUCAUCCCUUGACUGCAUGUACUGCUGGUAAAUAAGGCGGGGGGAACAGUUCUGCUUCCCAAACAGGCAUCCGUCAUUUCCGUUUGCUUCUCAAACUUUUCUGCUGUUGUGGCCAC